GAUUUUGCGUUGUAAGUUCAUCCAACAUGGUAGGAUUUCUUUGGAUAUCUAGACUGAGUCUGACCAUCUUAUUCGCUAGUGUUUUAACGGCACAGUUUGGAGUAACGUCUGGGGUACACUGUGAGAACAUUACGAUACCACUCUGUAGACAUGGCAUAACAUAUAACCAAACCCAAAUGCCGAAUCUAUUAAACCAUAGGAACCAAGAUGACGCUGGAUUGGAAGUUCAUCAGUUUUUUCCACUUGUGAAAGUACAAUGCAGCCCUGCAUUGCGGCAUUUUCUCUGUGUGGUAUAUGCUCCACCAUGCACUGUGCUUGAUUUGCCCAUUCCCCCAUGCAGAGCGCUUUGUCAGAGAGCCAGGAAUGGAUGUUCGCAGUUGAUGAGAAGGUUUGGAUUUGUUUGGCCAGAAAGUUUAAGAUGUGAACGUUUCCCCACUGAAGAACUCUGUAUUGGUGCUGACGCAGUGGUCGAUGACGUCUCUACUACGACGAUUGCAACGACUAUAGCUAGAGGAACAACCACUACAGCGAGAGCUACAACCACUGAAGCUGCGGAAAACUGUUUUGAAACAGACGUGUCCAAUUACAAAUGGAAGUGUGAUUCGUGUAGGCCAAAGUGGCGCCGAACACUUGUGAGAUCGGUGUUUAAGAAGCAACUCCACAAAUGUACAAAUUGUUGUGCCACGCAGGGGUCUUCAAGCAGGAAUGAGACGAGGUGCGAAUCAUGCGCCAAAGACAAACGAGGAUUUGUGUGUUUCAAAUGCAACUACUGAACUAGCAUGCGAUUUGUCCAGUACUAUCGUGCCUUCUUUUUUGCAGAUGUUUAAUAUCCCUGAAUUUUGAGCAACUAAACCG